AUGGAGCUGGAGGCUGAUGAAUCCCCACACAUUUUUGUGCAUGUUAAUAAGGCAGGAUUCAACUUGAUCAAAGUCAGGAGAUGUGGCCGUAAUAUUAUUGGUCAACAAGCCACUGUUGAUGUGCCAGGCCAGCGUGGAGGGAACAUUACAAUGUGUGCUGCCAUAUGUGGGAAUGGUGUACUCAGCCACAUUCCCAUCCUUGGGCCCUAUAACACACAACGUCUCCUCAAUUUCCUGGAAACUCUUUAUAGGGAUCUCAUUCCUGAGAAUGAGAGGGGGUUGUUGGUGGAGAGGACCGGGCUGCUCCUUGCCCCAUGUCCCAGACCCUGGCCACUAGUGGGCAACCAUCUCCAACUGGGGGAACAUAUCCAUUUGUCUCUAACUAACCUGAGGGUUCAGUACGGAGAUGUGUUCCAGAUGAAGAUGGGUUCUGUUGUGGUGGUUUUGAGUGGCUAUUCCACAAUUAAGGAGGCUUUGGUAUAGCAAGGAGAGGCAUUCGCUGGACGACCUGAUCUUUUCACCUUCUCUGCAGUUGCUAAUGUCACCAGUAUGAUGUUUAGUGAGAGGUAUGGUGAAGCUUGGUUACUUCACAAGAAGAUCUGCAGAAAUGCCCUGAAGAACUUCCAAGCUGAAGCCCGGGACUCAAGUGCCUCUAGUCUCCUGGAGGAGUGUAUCUGUGCAGAGACAGUGGAGAUGGUGGAGGCUCUGAAGGAACAGGGAGAUGAGGCUUGAGAUGCAGGGCUUGACCCUGUCAAGCUGCUAGUGACCUUGGCUGCCAGUGUGGUUUGCUCUCUCUGUUUUGGGAAGUGAUAUGUCCAUAAAGAUAAAGAAUUCCUCACCAUUGUCCACAUCAAUAAUGAAGUGCUGCGCAUCUUUGCGGCAGGGAAUCUGGCAGAUUUUUUCUCCUCAUGA